AUGGAAGAAAAUAAUGAAGAUAUAAAUAUUAAUAACAGGAUACAUUUUAAUGAAAUAAAUAGAUCAUAUCAUGAUUCAUUUAUUGAAAAACUCACUGCCGUUAGAUAUACACUAAUAAAUCUACAAAAAAAUAUAUGUAACUAUAAAAUAUUGAAUAUAACCCUCUUACAUUGGAUUCUAUUACUCCUUUGGGUUUCAAUUCUAAUAUAUUUUACAACAAUUUAUAGGACAUUUUAUAACAAAAAUAAAUUAUUUGCAACCAUGUGUACAAACAUUCUAUUAUUUGGGUUGUCUGAUAUUUUAGCGCAAUGUAUUUCAUGCUUUUUUAUGAGUUCCAUUGACCCAAUUCCUCAGUUGAUUGAUAACGCAAACUCACAUAUUAUUCAUAGUGUACUAUACCGAAAUACUAGUGAGAAUAUAGAAAAUGAUAUUGAAAGUGACGAUUAUUCUGUCUUUAAUGAUUAUGGCCUUACACCUGUCACAUCUUAUGACACAAAUGUUUCCACUGAUAUCAAUAAUAUAUUUAAUUUAGAAAAUACACUUAGAAAUGAGGAAAGUUACACUAUAUUUAAUAUAUGGAGAUGGAUAUGCUUUAUGGGAUGGGGCGCAUUUAUUUCAAACUUCCAAGUGCCUUGGUACAGGCUUCUUAAUUUUUUUUUCACUACUGAUCCAACAUUAAUCCAAACUUUUGAAAGAGUUCUUUGUGACCAGCUGGUAUACUCACCUAUUUUUCUUUUCCUGUUCUUUACUUAUUCUAAUUAUGUGAUAGAAGGUGGAAAUGAUAGCACUUUAAGAAUCAAAAUUCAAAGAAUAUAUUUUUCUACUUUGGGUUGUAAUCUUAUAGUGUGGCCAAUUGCACAGAUCAUCAAUUUUUCCAUUGUACCAAAACACCUUCAAGUUCCUUUCAGUUCAUCUGUCGGAGUCUUAUGGAAUUGUUUCUUGUCAAUGAGAAAUUCAUCAAAUUCCAUAUGA